AUGCUGCAAAGAUGCGGCACCCUAGGUCACCGAAGGCCGUCUCUUCGUAUCAUCAGUUAGAGCGUUUCUCUCACUCGUUCGUUGGGAGCGUGCCAUCCCCUUUGUGUCAUGGAGUGCACGCCCAUUCCGUGUUGUCCUUUGGAGUGUCUCUCCGCAUCAUACAUUAACAGGUGCAUACCUUCGGGAUCUUCGGAGUGUUUCUCCUCCCGUCGUCGUCCAUUCAUAGACGCGUGCCUUUGGGAUCGUCGGAGCGUUUUCCCCUCCCUUUUUCUGCAUGCAUUUUGCGUCGUCCCUUCAUGGACAUGUGCCUUUGGGAUCGUCGGAGCUUUCUCCUCCCCUUCUUGGCAUAUGUUUUGCAUUGUCCAUUCGCAGGCGCACGCCUUCGGGAUCGUAGGAGUGUUUCUCCACCCGUCGCUGGCAGACGUUGCCACAAUUAUUCGUUAGAGCGUUUCUCCAUGUCAUCCGUCUGCAGGCAUGUGCCUCUGAGUUCGUAGGAGCAUG